AUGGUUGUGGUGGACGUUGGUCAUCCCCGGUCACGCGCUGAACUGGAUCCGGAAAUUGUCAAGGCUUUGCACUAUUUCAACGAUAAAGAAUCGAUCUUGGUUUUAAACAAAAUCUGUGCUCGUCUCAAUCCGCCCACCGCCCAACCGGACGAUCAGAUCCGAUUGAUUCGGGAUACGUCGGAACAGGACACUUCAGUUGAGCUGUUCCCUGAGCCGGAUAAGCAUGUUCCAGAGGAGCCCUUGAUGUCCGGUUGUACUGACUGUCAGAAGGAGCAACAUGACCGUCUGGUCACUGAGGUCGAAAUGGAAGCGAUCGAUGCUUACUUUAAGGACUACAAACCUACUGUACAACUGCCUACUCGGUCCAACACUUCGCAUGAUCUGCACUUGGCCUCUGAAACGGUGAACUCUGCAAACGAAGAGGACCUGGCUUGUCUGACAGCGGAAACUGAUCUGUUGAAAGUUGACGAGAACGAUCCGUUGCAAACUCAUCAACUCACAAUGCUUGCCCGCGAAGAUCCGUAUUUAGACGCACUGUUGGACACGCUAAAACGUCAGUUGAUGUUACACUCGGCCUCACCGGAAGAGGUUGCUGCUCGUCGGAAACGAUGGUUAGAAGUAUCUUUGGCUGUGCAAGGUGUGACCGAUUGGCCCGGGUUCAGCUCGGUGUUCAUGGUGUCUGCCGCGAACGGGGAUGGAGUUGACCGACUUCGAGAUUAUCUUUUCGAACGGGCUAUCCCCGGUCGACCUUGGAUCCUCUCACCCGCGCUUGUGACUGAUCAAGAACCCUCGGAGUUGGUUCGGAUGUGUGUGUGGGCGCAUUGUUUGGAUCGUCUGCAUCAAGAGAUUCCCUACUGUUUGCGUAUUGUUGUGGACGAGUGCGAAAAAGCCCGACUGGAUGACGGAGACGAUCGUGUAUUUGUACACGCACGGAUUCAGUGCAAAUCGGAACGUCAUCUGCGCCAAGUGCUCGGCAUCAAAGGCUCGACCAUAACUGAAUUGGCGGCUUCCGUCAAACAGGAACUGAUGACCAUGUUUCGUGCAAAUGUUGUCAUUAAAUUGACCGCAGAAAUGGCCACAAUCCGACCGAAUGUUCGUCAUCAAAUUCGACAAGCCAAAGAUUUCGCCGACGUCUAUCCCGAACUGAAACGUGCGCGAUAA